CAAACCCUCACUCACUCCUCCCUCCCUCUCUUCCUCCUCCUCCUCCUCCUCCUCCUCCUCCUCCUCUUCUUCUUCUUUCUGAUGCUCCUCCUCUUCCUCUUUCUCAGUGCCACGAGAGUCACCGAGGAGAGAGAGCAUUAAACACAGACACAAGAAAGAAAGGAAGGAAAAAAAGGAAGAAGAGCCAAUAAAUAUGUAAUGCGUAAGAUAAUAUAAAAUAAAGAAAAUAAAAUAAAGAGAUGAACUCAAAACAAGUGAAAAAAAGAGAAGAAAAUAAGGAACAAGUGAAGUGAGAGAAAAAGAACGAACAGAAAUACAAGACAACACAGUGAGACAAAACCAUAUCACUCAAAACAAAGACCACCACCACCACUAUCGAAACGUAAACAAACACCACGUGGUCUCUCAGCGCGCCAACACUACCAAAACAAAGCAGAAAUGGGCAGCGUUGGUCACUCUCCGGCUCUUCCCACGCCCUCCCCUGCCGCCCCAACGCUCACCCCUAACAGCAUGGGGGUGGUGGGUGACGGGAGUGAAGGAGGGGAUGCUGUGUGCGUGUAUGUAAAGGCAGGAGUGGAUGGGGAGAGGAUGGGAGCAUGUCCAUUCUGUCAACGAAUUUUCAUGGUUUUGUUGAUAAAGGCGAACCAUGGAUUGCUACGGUUUAAGGUGAUCACAACCAACCCAGCCAAGCCACCGCCAGAAUUCAAGAUGUUAGGACUGAAGCACCUGCCGGCUCUCAUUCACGGCGAGGAAGGCUUUGAUGCCCUUGACGACAUCAUUCAGUACCUUGACACUAGGUUUCCAGGUGGAGGUCUGGAAUACAACCAUCCACACGCAGACCUGGCCACCAAAGACUUCUUCUCCAGGUUCUGCUUCUACAUCAAGGCGGUGAACUUAGACUCCACCAAGCUGGACCAAGCACUAUGUAGCCUCGACGCUUUCCUCCAGCGCCCUGUCUUCCCCUCACCUGACGCUGGACUAACUAACGGCCAGCAUGAGGCACCAGAAUCACCAGGUGAGGGCCCUCAGCCUCCCCAGUACCUGUGUGGUGACUCCCUAACACACCUGGACUGCGAGGUACUGCCCAAACUCCAGCACCUUAGAGUGGCGGCAAAAGCUCUCAAGAACUAUGAUAUUCCAACACAUCUACGUGGAUUCUGGAGGUACCUCCACGCAGCAUACACACACCCAGUCUUCAUUCGCACGUGUCCCUGCGACCAGGAGGUGACACUGCACUGGCACGAUCGCCCUGAGACGCCCAAACUGUCCCACAAACGCCACGCAGCCAUCGCAAAGGAGAAGCCUAAAUAUUCCUUUGAUGUGCCUGUUCAUGCCUCUGUGGUGACUGUUGUUGAUGAGUGAGUGAGUGAGUGUGUGUGUGUGUGUGUGUGUGUGUGUGUGUGUGUGUGUGUGUGUGUGUGUGUGUGUGUGUGUGUGUGUGUGUGUGUGUGUGUGUGUGUGUGUGUGUGUGUGUGUGUGUGUUUACUGAUAUAACAAAAUGCUCUAGUCUUCUGUGCACGUGUGUGUAUGUGUGUUCUAGUAUUACAUACUAUUAAGUAUCUAAGAUUUAUUUUCUUGUUUUAAAUAGAUUUCUUGUACUAGUCUAUCUGUGUGUGUGUGUGUGUGUGUGUGUGUGUGUGUGUGUGUGUGUGUGUGUGUGUGUGUGUGUGUGAGAGAGAUAUACAUGACGCACAACAGUAGAUCACACGUACAUAAAUACGUAAUUGUACAUAACAUUAUUUUAAAGUAGACAAGAAUAAACUGAUAGGAAAUAAAAUGUGUGUAGUAAUAUUUAACAUGGAGAGAGAGAGAGAGAGAGAGAGAGAGAGAGAGAGAGAGAGAGAGAGAGAAUGUGUUUAAGUGAUUUCCCUUGUAGAGUAAUUAAUAAAAAGUUGAUGUGUCACUACUAAU